GCUUGAGCGCAUCUUCCUCGGUGCGCUGAUUGCUGCGAGCAAGUACACGCAGGACAGCACGCUGCGCAACGGCCAGUGGGCGCGGUGCAGUGGGGUGUUCGGACGCCGCGACGUCGGGCGCAUCGAAAGAGAGUUUCUCGAGGUGCUGGACUGGGAUCUGGGUGUGAGAGAGGAGGAGAUUCUGGUGCACUGGGGUGCGGUUAUGGGGCUGCAAGACCUGGAGAUGGCGUCCGUUGAUGCUUCGAGGAUCGGCAUCCAGUCUGCCUGAAGUGAUGCAUUGCCGAAGUCCGAAUGGUCUAGCCCCUUCAGCUCGGACCAAUCUUUGUCUCCGUUGUAGACCUGCGGUCGCCGUCGAACGCAGAAAACUACGAGCACCAGCACCGCCCCCGUCCGUUGCGCUUUGGCGACCUUUCGCACUCCGCAUGGAUCUUUCUUCAGCUCAACCAUGGCAGUCGCUCAAAUACGUUCCGGAGUCACAAGUGUCUCGACUUCUAUACUCAAACUGCCGCCGCCUUCCACUCUCGCACACUGGACACCAGCGACCUGGUCCUGAACACCGACGAUGUGCGGUGUGCGCCUCACAUUUGGCUGCGCCAAGAACGUGUCUACCAUAUCCGACGUUUUCACUUCCGGAUCGAUGGCGCAGCCAAGCACGAGACCCAGGAUUUCAGAUUAGGAAUUGAAUGUCUCGCUGCUCAGAUCGCCAGCGGUAGGAAUACAACGGGAUAUGGUGGGAUGGGAUAUAGUGGGUGAAAACCACUGUCUUCGACUAUCUAAGAAAGUAGAGAACGAGAGUUCGGAUACCAGCGGUGGGGGAGUUGAAGGACUAGUGCUGGGCAAAAAGAGGCGACAAGAAAAGGCUCCUUGUUUUCAUUUCUGAGACUAGCCCACACGGCAGUUAAAAGUGGGCAUUGUCAACCAAUCGCUAGUUUGUCUCCCGGCUGAUUCGAGGCCCGCUGGAUCGGAAAAUCCCCAUCCCUCUUCACCUUUACCGUCUUCUAAUCAAU